AUGUCUGGCCUAAGGUUAUUUUAUGUAUGCAUUUUCAUAGUGCUCUCUACAUUUAUUCAUACCGCAAAAUCAAUCCAAGAUAAUGAUGAUAUUUGGGGAUUUUCCUUUUUUAACAAAGAUGAAAAAGUAGAAGAGGGUUCUAAUCAAAAUGUGCAGCACGCUGAUGAUGCUGCCAAUACAGGGCAUGAACAACAAAACGCAGUAAAUAUUUCUGAACACCAUCCAAAUAAUACUGAAGAAUUAAAAAGCCAUAAAGAACAUGAUGAAGGUCAAUCUGAACAGGUUUCUCAACAAAUAAAUAACGAAAACGAGCGUAGCAAUAAUAAUAAUAACAAUAAUGGCAAUACUCCAGAACAUAAUCCUUCGAACCAAACCAAUAAUUCAGACAUCCAAGAAUCAAAUCAUAAUGAUGCGAACCAUCAAAAUAUCACAACUGAACAUGCACAAACUGAAAAUGUAAACAACACUGAACAUAUACAAACUGAAAAUGUAAACAAUACUGAGCAUGCACAAACUGAAAAUGUAAACAAUACUGAACAUAUACAAACUGAAAAUGUAAACAAUACUGAACAUGCACAAACUGAAAAUGGACAUAGUGGUGGAGAUGAGGGUGAACACAGUGCAGAAGGGGACCAAAGCAACAUAAACAAUAAUAAUAAAGAUCAUAGUGAUAUAUAUGCACACAACAGUUCUAGUUCAGACAUCAGUCAAUUUAGUGAUACGACAAGUUCAAGCUCAUCUAGUUCAGGAUAUUCGAAUUUAAGAAAACCUGCUUUUGUAAAUGUUUCUGUACCCGCUUUUGGAAAUGCUUCUGCACCCGCUUUUGGAAAUACUUAUAGAGCUCAUAAAGGAUCUUCUAAUACAGAAUUUUCAUUUAAAGACUCGUUACAAAGUCCCUCAAAUAUUUUAUUAUAUGAUUAUGGGCACAAUCUUGAAAAUUAUAUUAAUGGAAAUCAUAGUGAUAUUAUGGAUAAAGGAAUGAAUAGCAUUACCGAUCCUUAUAAUUAUAAUUUAUUAAAAAAGAAAUAUAUAUAUUUAUCAUUAGCAGAAAGAGCAAUAUUCGAAAUUAUGGAUGUUUCUAAAAAAGGAUUGAGUGAAAUUAAUAGUAUGCGAAAUAGUGAAACUAUUUCUAAAAUAUAUUAUGAUGCUUUAAAAAGAUUAAAAAUAAAUGAACAUUCUCUUGAUUCAAGAUUAGAGUUGAUUUCACUUGAAACAUGUGAUAAAAUAUUAUCAGAAAUGUUUAAAAUAUUAACUGAAUUGUCUUAUGAUAAUUAUUCACAAUUUUAUGAAUCUAUGAAUAUUAAUAAAUCAGCAUUAAGUGAAUCGUUUAAAGACAUCAAAAUCAAAAUAUUAAAAAAAAUAGGUGUUUCAUAUGCAAAAUUUCCACCAAUUAUUAAAGAGACAAACGGAAGUCAAUGUCCAGUUAAUAAUUUGAUUAUAAGUAUAACACCAAGAGAAUUAUCACAACGUCUUGCUAUUAUGUUUAGCAGUUGGCUAUCUACUGAUGAAUACGGUUCUAUAAAUGAUUUUGAAAAUAAUAUCGAACUAAAUGUUUUAUGUUCAGGUGCAUCCAUAUUAAUGCAACAAUGGAAAUAUUAUCAAAAUGCUUUAGGGUUUGAAGAUAAUAAUGAUCAUGCAUUUUUAGGUUUAAUCGAUGAAUUAUUAACAAUAGACAAAAGAUAUAGUAAAAAUGAAGAACAUAGUAAAUCUUUAGAACAAAUGAAAAAAUCAAAAGUAUUUAAUUAUUGUACUAAACUUAUGAGAACAAGUGGAAACAUUUCAACAAUACCAUUUAAUCAUGAAAACAAUAAAACUCCAAGUUCAUCCAUUAUUGGUUCAUUAGGAAAUUUAGUUAAGGCACAUAUAAGUGGAUAUUAUGCAGCUACUGCUCAAAGAAUUAACUCUUAUUUUAAUUAUUCUAACAAUAAAGAUCAAAAGAAAGCACUAUACAAAGUCAUAUCAGUUUGUACUCUCUUAAAUUUAACAGAUAUUUUAUUUAAUUGCACAGAUCCACAAUCAACUAAUUCAGCAAAUUUGAACAUUUUGAAGCUAAAUGUAUUAAAUACUAAAGGAAAAGAAAUUCUAUAUCGCCUUUAUAAUUUAAGCUACUUAUUAGAGAGCGAAAACGAAGCAAUUAAAGAAGUGUGUAAUCCUAAAAAUGCCUCAGUUGAUAAAUCGUUACAAAAAUUGUUAGAAUUACUUUCAUCAAACUCACACAACGUAUUAGCACAUGAAAUGGAAAAGAGAGCUCUUGAUACUGAUUAUAUUAACGAGGAAAUAAACAAUAUAAGUGAUUUUGAUCAUAAUGAAAAAGACAAUGGAGAAGAUGAUGUUGAGAAAGCCAUUUUUGAUGAUUUAUGA